AUGGGGGUCUUACCAAUAUGUCUUAAUUUCUCUCUACGUCAGUACGACUACCAUUUUAUGAAGAAGGUGCCACCGGGGGCGGAGACCUCAAACAUCCUGGUGGGUGAGACAGACUUCUUGUCCACACCACUGAUCGUGUUUUUGCGCCUCAAGGAGGCCAUAUUGCUCGAUGGAAUGACCGAAGUGCCUGUACCCACACGUUUCAUCUUCAUCCUCCUCGGAACGCCUGGGAACGCAGCCAAGUAUAAGGAAAUUGGGCGAUCAAUGGCGACGCUCAUGUCGGAUGAAGUGAGUAUUUUUUGUUGUUUUUUUAUCUGCAAAGAAGGACAAGAUCUCUUUCGAUACUUGGAUCCAUAA